AUGGCAAGAAGUCAACUAGAAUCAGCCAUUCUAACCAGCGCUUUAGUUGAAAAUGAUCUAACUCCAAUUUUUCGAUUUACCAAGAUUCGAUUCCAUAACACUCUAAGUCCUCCAGAUUACCGAUCAAAUCAUAUUAAGGAAGCGAAAAGUGGCGAGGGCUUUCGUCGAAGCAGUAGUUUCGAAGUCCCUCCCCAGUCGAGACUUUGGUCAGCUAAAGACUGCUUUCCUGACGCAGAUGAUUUCAGCAUUCAUACUCUUGCGCUUGGUGCCGAUGGGAAACAGCUUAUUGUUGGAUCAGCCAAUACCAGUGUCAAGGUAAUCGGUGUACCGGAUGGUGGACAGCUACGCGAAAUUCGGCCUUCCAAAUGGAGAUUGGGGAUGCCGAUAACAUGUCUGCGCUAUAUACCAAAUAAUAUCAAUUGGGUAUUGGGUAGUACACCUGAAGGUGAAAUAUUCUGUGUCAGUCCUAAUCAGGAGGGCUUUGAGACAUUAAUCAAGGAGGAAAAUAGACAAACCUAUUGUCUGGAUAUAUCUUCGGAUGGAACAGAAAUGGCUACGGCAGGGAACGAUUCCUCAAUUCGCAUCUACGAUAUUCAUCCUACACAACUGCGUGGUAGCGAAACUUGCUCUGUUAAGGGGAAAUCUAGUACAGCACUGCCAACCAUCUUGUAUUUUGGAGACCGAUAUGAAAAGCCAGUGGGAUGUUCUGUCGCAAAAGUUGCCAAAGGCCGUCAGAAUCCUUCCUUGAAUUCUAGAAUGCCACAAAUUCUUGGCUAUCGACCAGCCGGACCUGCAGAUAAUUACACCGAUGGUCAUUCAAUGCGUAUCACCGCAUUAAAAUAUCACCCAGCGCAUCCAAGUAUACUACUGUCAGCUAGUUGGGAUCAUUAUGUUAAGAUUUGGGAUACUCGAACACGGAAUAAGCCAAUUUACGAGAUCUAUGGUCCUCUAGUUUGCAGUCCUGAUGGUUUGGACGUUGAUGGUCAUUAUGUACUGACUGCUUCUUGGCGCAAAAGUCAAGCUCUUGAGGUAUAA